AUGAUGAUUUCAAAUCAACAAUCAAAGAAAUUUCCGCAAAUAUUUGCCGGUCUUUCUGUUGCUGGUGGAACCUUUGCAUUAGGAGCUGCAUUAAAAUGGCCAUCACCGGCUGGACCUCAGUUAGUAAACCGCACUUUAGCAGAAGAUGAACGCUUUUUCGAAAUCACUCAAACUCAAUUCGAUUGGGCAGCCUCAAUUGGUUGUGCAAUAUCUUGCUUGCCUUUUACCAUUCACCAGAAUCAUCAUCAAGUAUGCUUCAAAGCCGAAACAAACAUUUUAUUGUAG